AGCAAAGGUUUUCUCUCGUUUCACAUAUUUUCUCCGGUGGAGAACCUCGGAGAUCCGGUGCUCUCGGAUCUUUCUUCAUUCGUCUUUGCAUUUUUUUUGCUCUCUCCGGGCGUAUCACGUAUCCGAGGCAAUCCAAUUUUGUUUUCCCUUUUAACUCAUUUGGGGUUUCCUUCUCCCCAGAUUUCAACUCCUUCUCCCUCAUUUUCUUACUUUCUGUGGUUGAAUCUGGGAGAAGGAAAACCCUUACGGGUUAUUGAAUGCGUCGCCGGAUUGGAAAUUUGGAGUGUAUGUUCUUUUAGCUAGAUAACAUGAGUGUGAUCUCUCGGAAUAUUUGGCCUGUGUGCGGAAGCUUGUGCUUCUUCUGCCCUGCUUUGCGCGAGAGAUCAAGACACCCCAUUAAGCGUUAUAAGAAGUUGCUUGCUGAUAUAUUCCCUCGCUCUCAGGAAGAAGAACCAAAUGAUCGUAUGAUUGGCAAGCUAUGUGAAUAUGCCUCCAGAAAUCCUCUCCGUGUUCCAAAGAUAACUACCUACCUUGAACAAAGGUGUUAUAAGGAAUUGAGAAACGAGAACAUCCAUUAUGUAAAAGUUAUCAUCUGUAUCUACAGGAGGUUGUUGGUUUCUUGUAAGGAGCAAAUGCCAUUGUUUGCUAGUAGCUUGCUUGGCAUCAUACAAAUUCUUCUUGAUCAAACACGGCAUAAUGAAGUGCAAACUUUAGGGUGCCAAACUCUCUUUGACUUUGUGAACAAUCAGAGAGAUGGUACCUACAUGUUCAAUCUAGAUGGAUUAAUUUCCAAAAUUUGCCUUCUAGCUCAAGAAACGGGUGAUGAAGAAAAAGUGCAACAUCUGCGUGCUUCUGGCAUACAGGCUCUCUCAUCAAUGGUUUGGUUCAUGGGCGAAUUUUCACAUAUUUCAGCUGAAUUUGACAAUGUUGUUUCAGUGGUGUUGGAAAAUUAUGGAGAUGUUGAGAAAGAUUCUAAAACUAUGCAAUUAAUGAGGAUUACUUCUUGGAGAAUGGUGGUGAAUGAGAAAGGACAAGUUAAUGUGCCUGUGGAAGAUGUUGUGAGCCCAGGGUUUUGGUCAAGGGCUUGCCUACAUAAUAUGGCAAAGUUAGCCAAAGAGGCUACAACUGUACGGCGUGUUUUGGAAUCCUUGUUCCGCUAUUUUGAUAGUGCUAAUCUCUGGUCUCCGCAACAUGGGCUUGCUCUUCCAGUGUUGCGGGAAAUGCAGUUAAUAAUUGAAAACUUAGGGCAGAAUACGCACUUUCUAUUGUCAAUUUUAGUCAAGCACCUUGAUCACAAGAAUGUCUUAAAAGACCCUAAUAUGCAACUCGACAUUGUUGAUGUUAUCACCCAGCUUGCUAAACAGACAAAGGUUCAGCAAUCUGUGGCUAUAAUUGGUGCAUUGAGUGAUAUGAUGAGACACCUAAGGAAGAGCAUACAUUGCUCUCUUGACGAUUCAAACCUUGGGGCUGAAGUUAUCCAAUGGAACCAGAAAUACCGACAAGCAGUUGAUGAAUGCCUGGCGCAGUUAUCACUCAAGAUUGGAGAUGCAGGUCCUGUUCUUGAUAUGAUGGCUGUGUUGUUGGAAAACAUGUCUAACAUUACAGUUAUGGCCAGAACAUUGAUUUCUGCAGUUUACAGAACUGCUCAAAUAGCAGCUUCAAUACCAAAUCUGUCAUACCAGAACAAGGCAUUUCCUGAGGCAUUAUUUCAUCAGUUACUCCUAGCAAUGGUCCACCCAGACCAUGAAACCAGGGUUGGGGCACACCGCAUAUUUUCUGUCGUUCUUGUGCCAUCAUCAGUUUGUCCUCAACCUUCUUCUCUAGUCCCCUUCUCAGCAAAGGCAGCUAAUGUUCCAAGGACACUAUCCAGAAAUGUAUCUGUGUUUUCUUCUUCUGCUGCACUAUUUCAGAAAAUGGAUAGGAAGAAACCAGUUUUUCCAGAAGAUAGCCAUAACAGAACCACAGUUGAUGAGGCUGCAAAGACGGAUGAUAACUCCAUUAUGAACAGGUUGAAAUCAACUUAUAGUCGGACUCAAAGUAAAAGAAGGCCUAGUAGUGAAUCUAUAGAUAAGGACAAGAUCAGUAGUCCUUCCAUGAUGAACAGAUUGAAGUCAACUUACAGUAGAGUUGCUAGUGUCAAGAAGCCCCAACUAACUGCUUCUGGUGAAGAAACUGCAACAAACAUUUCUGAUAAUCCAAUGGCAUUACCCCUAAGGCUGAGUAGUCACCAGAUUACCCUUUUGCUGUCCUCUAUCUGGGCACAGUCCCUCUCUCCUCUGAAUGUGCCUGAAAAUUUUCAAGCAAUUGCCCAUACUUACAGCCUUGUCUUGCUAGUUUCUCGGACCAAGAACUCCUCUAAUGAGGCUCUGAUUCAAAGUUUCCAGCUGGCUUUCACCUUGAGGAGCAUUUCUCUUGCAGAAAAGGUUCAGCUGCCGCCGUCACACCGCAGAUCUAUCUUCACAUUGGCGACAUCCAUGAUUGUUUUCAUAGCCAAGGCCUACAAUGUGCUCUCUCUCAUUCCUAUUGUUAAAAUGGCACUUUCAAAUGAAACAGUUGAUCCAUUUCUGCAAAUUUUUGACGACAGCAAAUUGCAAGUUGUUAUGGAUACAAUAAGGCAUCCUAGUAAACCAUAUGGAUCGAAGGAGGAUAAUGUAGAUGCUUUAGAGUCACUUUCAGCAAUAAAAUUGACAGAGAGCCAGUCUAAAGAAUCAGUUGCAACCAUGAUAGUUCAGAAUGUGGAAAAAUCAGCAGAUGAGCCAUCUGAUCUAAGAGAACAGAUGAUUCGUAGUUUUUCACCUGAUAAUACAUGUCCAAUGGGAUCUCAGUCAUCCAUGGCAUCACCAGGAAGUAUCUACCAUUCUGGAUUGAAAGAUGAAAAAUCAUCCGAUGUGGUUGAUAUACCAUUAUUUACACUUGAUGAUGACGCCUCAGCCCGUGAAUUGGAAAGCAAAGCUGGCGCUGUUAUGCAGCAGCCUUCUGAAAGUCCCAGCCUGCUUAGCGUUGAUGACAUUUUGGGUUCAGUUAUGGAAACAACAAAUCAAGUUGGAAGGGUGUCAGUUUCACUUCCCUUUGACAAGCCUUAUAAAGAAAUGGCUCUACAUUGCGAGGCCCUUCUCAUGGGAAAGCAGCAGAUGAUGUCCACUUUCAUGUUUCCUCUGCCAGUGCAAGGAAAUCCAUUGACGAUUUCUGCUGAAGAUUACAACAAGCGGGCGGAGGAGGUGCAACAAAGUCUUCCUAUGACAGGAAAUCCGUUCCUGGAUCCAAGCUUUGCCACUAUGUCUGGCACGACACCAACUCCAAUGCUUUGUGCAACAGCAUACCAGUACCAAGCCUUUCAACUACCAGCAUCAAGCCCAUAUGAUAACUUCUUGAAGGCUGCUGGUUGUUGAUUUCUGAUGAUAAAGCUGGUCAUAGUCUGAUAGUUGUGCUUAUAUACUGGAGAAUAAUUCUCAUUAGCUCAUCUGAAUGGUUGACUAAUUUCUUUUUCUCGAGCUCAAAUUGACACCAGGCAUUACAGUUAAGAGUUGGCGAUUGGUUGGUGUGUUGGCGACCUUGAUCAAUCAGAUUGUACUGAAUCAUAAUUCUUCUUCAAUCAUUUGCUUCCGGCAAGGAGGUUUAUCUUUUAUUAACUUCCUUGCUCAUUAUCCAGAGCUGUUUAUAUGUGCAUAGCCUACCCCCCACAUUGAUGGGUGUAUAUGUCUUUCCCCCCCUUCCUUUUCCCUCUUGUCUCUCUUGCCACUUGAAAGUGAGAAUUUUGUAAAGAUAAUUCUUCUAGAAUGAAAUUAUAAUUAGAAGA